GAUUAAGUGCGCCGGGGUGCUGAUCGCAGGUGCCUUGCGCGGGGGAGAGGUUCGGCCUCUCCGCAGCCGACCCGGCUCUUUCCUCCGGCUGUCAAAUCCCUUCUGGAUCCGGAGGCGCUCGGCGCCCGGCAAGCGGCCGGCCCCGAGCGCGGCAUGAACGGCACCGGCCUCGUCCCGGCCCCCCGCGACGGCACCGUCGUCCCGAAACGCCGCUGCAUGUCGGCCGCCGAGCCCGACGUCCAGGCCGCCUGGGAGGAGGAGGAGGAGGAGGAUGAGGACGAAGAUCGCUUCCGAGGGGUGCCGCUCCGGCGGGCCUGCGCGCUCCGGACCUCCGUGCGCUCCCGGGACGCUUUCCGCCGGCACAGCUGGGAGCCGGGCAAGGAGCUGCGCGGGGACCCCGGCUACGAGCAGCUCAGCGCCUGCCUGGAGCGGCUGAGCCCCGACGCCUUCGACGGCAGCGCCGAGGGGCUGGCGCGGCCCCGGCGGGACCCCCGGCGGGCCCCCCUGCUCCACAGCAGCGACGACCUGGAGUCCCUGCUCUCGCAGGACGAGGAGGACGAGGCCGACGCGAAGCUGGCGCGGGAGGACGAGAAGCGGCUGCAGGCGUUCCGGGCCGGGCAGGGCUCCGGCGGCUGCACCCUCUCCAAGUCCGUGUCCCUGAGCGGCAUCGACAGCUUCCCGGACGCCGACGAAAUCUCCCUCUUCGCCUCCCAGCUGAGCCUGGCCAACGGCUUCGGCGCCGGGAGCUGCGGGCAGCUGGCGACCGAGCCGGGGAGCCCGCGCCGGGACGAGACCCCCCUGGGCCGGACCCUCAGCUUCAUCAGGAGGAUGGCGGCGAAGUCCAAGGGCAAGGAGAAGGAGAAGAUGAAGGAGGGCAAGGAGAAGGACGCGCGCUACACCAACGGCCACCUCUUCACCACCAUCAGCGUCUCGGGCAUGACCAUGUGCUUCGCCUGCAACAAGAGCAUCACGGCCAAGGAGGCACUCGUCUGCCCCACCUGCAACGUCACCAUCCACAACCGCUGCAAGGACACGCUGCCCAACUGCACCAAGGUCAAGCAGAAGCAGCAGAAAGCCGCGCUGCUCAAGAACAACUCGGCGCUGCAGUCGGUGUCGCUGCGCAACAAGACCACCAUCCGGGAGCGCCCCAACUCGGCCAUCUACCCCUCGGAGAGCUUCCGCCAGACGCUGCUGGGCUCCCGCCGCGGCCGCCCGUCCCUCUCGCUCUCCAAGAGCGUCUCCACCACCAACAUCGCCGGGACCUUCAACGACGAGUCGCCGCUGGGCAUCCGGCGCAUCCUCUCCCAGUCCACGGACUCGCUCAACAUGCGCAACCGCACGCUCUCCGUGGAGUCGCUCAUCGACGAGGGCCCCGACGUCAUCCUCAACCAGCUGAUGAGCGACUUCGAGACGGACGAGAAGGACUUCGAGGCCGACUCCUGGAGCCUGGCCGUGGACAACAACUACCUGCAGCAGCACAAGAUGGACGUCAUGAAGCGGCAGGACGUCAUCUACGAGCUCAUCCAGACGGAGAUCCACCACGUGCGCACGCUGAAGAUCAUGGCCAACAUGUUCCGCAAGGGCAUGCUGGAGGAGCUGCAGCUGGAGCCCGCCACCGUGCAGAGCAUCUUCCCCUGCGUGGACGAGCUGGGCCAGAUCCACGAGCGCUUCCUCGCCCAGCUCCUGGAGCGCCGCAGGGAGUCCCUGGCCCAGGACAGCAACAAGAACUUCGUCAUCAACCGCCUUGGUGACAUCCUCGUCAACCAGUUUUCGGGCGCCAGCGCGGAGCAGCUGAAGAAGGCGUACUCCGAGUUUUGCAGCCGGCACAACAAGGCCGUGAAGCUCUACAAGGAGCUGCUCACCCGGGACAAGCGCUUCCAGCAGUUCAUCCGGAGGAUGACGCGGUUGCCGCUGCUGCGGCGCCACGGCGUUCCCGAGUGCAUCUUGCUGGUGACGCAGAGGAUCACCAAGUACCCGGUGCUCAUCGAGCGCGUCCUCAAAAACUCCAAAGACAACGAGGCCGACUACGCGGACCUGUCGCGAGCCCUGAAGCUGGUCAAGGAGCUCAUCUCGUCCAUCAACGAGGAGGUGCACACGUUCGAGAUGAACGCGCGGCUGCAGGAGGUGUACGGGCGCGUGGACGGCCGCGCCAAGGUGCCGCUGCACUGGGAGAGCCGCACCGGCGUCUUCUGCAAGGACGAGCUGCUGCGGCGCAAGCUGGUGCACAGCGGCUGCAUGCUCUGGAAGACGGCGGCCGGGCGCUUCAAAGACGUCCUCGUGCUGCUGAUGACCGACGUCCUCAUCUUCCUGCAAGAGAAGGACCAGAAGUACACGUUCCCCAUGCUGGACAAGCCGGCCGUGAUCUCCCUGCAAAACCUCAUCGUGCGGGACAUCGCCAACCAGGAGAAGGGCAUGUUCCUCAUCAGCGCCGCGCCGCCGGAGAUGUACGAGGUGCACGCCGCCUCCCGCGACGACCGCAACAACUGGAUGAAGGUCAUCCAGCAGACGGUCAGCCUCUGCCCCAGCCGCCAGGACUUCCCCCUCAUCGAGACGGAGAUCGAAGCCUCCCUGCGCAAGCUGAAAGACCGCAUCCUGCAGCACGACCGGGAGAUCGCGGAGCUGCUGGAGGAGAAGGUGGGGCUCUUCGCCGACAUGCUGGCGCUGGCGAGCGGCUGCGAGGAGCCCUCGCCCACCCUGGCCCCCCGCACCCUCUUCCGCUCCGACUCGGCCGAGGGGCCCCGCGGCGAGAGGCUGCUGCAUGACGCCAUCCGGGAAGUGGAGAGCCUCAAGGAGAUGUUCACGGGCGCCGGCCGGGACCAGAGCCCCAGCGCUGAGGCCGAGAGCUGCGGCAGCCCCGGCGCCAGCAACGGCGACGCCUUCAACGGCUCCCUGGAGUUUUGCCGGGCCGACUCGGAGCGGGACGGCAACGGCAACCAGCUGCUGCAGAAGGGGCCCCAGGAGGAGGUGAUGCAGCGGCUCAUGAACCUCUACACGCUGCUGCACGGCUUGCAGGCGGCGGUGAGCCAGCAGGACACGCUGCUGGAGCUGCAGCUGCAGGAGGGCCCCGAGCGGCGGGAGCGGCUGGCGCGCGGCGGAGGAGGCGGCGGGGCGGCGGCGCAGCCCGCGGAGAAGCCCAGCACGGAGCUGGCACUGCUGCAGCGGCAGCACGCGCUGCUGCAAGAGGAGCUCGCUCGCUGCCGGCAGCUGGGCCAGGAGCGGGCGCAGGAGGCGGCGGCGCUGGAGGGGCGCCUGCGCGACGGCGAGCAGCAGCGCGGGCGGCUGGAGCGCGAGCUCGACGAGGCCCGCCGGCAGCUGGCCGCCCUGCGGCAGGAGGCCGGCGCCCGGGGCCGCCGCGCCGCCGAUCCGCGCCGGAGGAGCCUGCCCGCCGGCGACGCGCUCUAUCUCAGCUUCACGCCCCCCCAGAUGAGCCACGGCGGCAACCACGGGGGCCUCUCCUACCACCACGCGUUCGGCACGUGCCCCCGCGCCGAGCUGGACUACCGGGGCGACGGCGAGCGGCUGCGGGAGGGUGAGGCCGCCCUGGAGGCGCUGCUGGAGGACGAGGGCCUGCCCGGCCGGCACUCCCCUCCCGCCAGCCCCCGAGAUUUCCUGCGGAUGCAAGACAUUCCCGAGGAGGUGGAGAGCAGCCAGGAGCUGAAGGAGGGCGACGGCGGCUCCGCGGACACUUAGGGACCGGCUCACCCCGUCCCCAGGGGCCGGCUGCGGGGGGGGGGGGCGUGGGGGGGGGGCAGCGAGCCGGGAGCCGCUAUUCCCAUGGGAGCUGCUCUUCCCGCAGGAGCCGCGUGGGCACGUCGGGGCUGGGGGUCCCGUCCCCCCCCCCGUCCUCCUCUGGGGGGGGGGCACGGUGUUUCGGGGCCGAUGCCCCCCUCCGCUCGGGUUAAUUUAUUUAUUUAGUCUCGGUGGGGCGGGAGGAGGCACCGGGGGGUCCCGGGCGCCGCUGGGGGGGCACAAACCACCCCCCACCCGCGUCCCCGGGGGGGCAGCAAUGUCCCCGCAUGACCCCGCGUCGGGGAGGGGGGGCUGCCCGGGACCCCCCACCCGGCCCGGGGGGGCUGCGGCCCUACCGAAGCUCCUCCGCCCCAGCGGUUUUGGGGGCCGGGGGGGCCCUGGCGCAGGGCAAGGCGCCCCGACCCAACGCCCCGAAGCGGCGCUUUUAAUCGGUUUGUUGUUUCCCCUUGGUUUAACUGUACAAAAAAGCAAAAAAACCCCAAAAAACAGAGGCGAUUAAUUAAAUGGACACAUUUGGA